UGCCGAAGUGGCUGUACGACGGCAAGGGCAGCACGUUCGACACGCGCACUUCAUUCACAAACUGUACGGAAUGCGAUCGGAUGCUAGUUAAAUUCUGACCUAUCGUUGUACGACUCUGGAACGAAAUGCAGGGCGGGAUCUGAUUUGUCAGAGUCGACCACAGAGGUUCCGGGAUCUAUCAGCGACAUAGAUCUUGCUUGGUGAACGGUAAAAGUCCGUCGGAUUUCCAUGCAGUACGCCGUUUGUGCUCGGAAUCUCCAUAUCGAUUUAUAUCAUAUCUAUCAGAUCAUAUCUACUGAAUAAAUUACACAGCAGGAAUGACUGGUGCGUGCAAGUGAACGGUACGGUUAGCGGUGCAAUGUGCAUUGUGGUUACAUGGUGAUGUUUGUCCUAACCCAGCGUCUGAAUUCCGUGUAAAUAUCUUAUCUCGUUUCUGGCCAUCAAAUGGAAAAAUUACUUUGUAUUGUAGUUCAUUAAAGAAGCACAGAAAAAAAGGCAAAAUGAAGUAAAAAAUUUAGCAACACAGUGUUUUUGUCUACAAUAGUAUUGUCCAUAGGGGCAUAAUCAGAUUGUUAUUAUAUCAGUAUUAUUAUCAGCAUUUGCUGCCGCGCCUACUACAACUACUUCUGCAACAGCCAGUGUUCUGUUAUUACAUGGAUGUGCUGAUGUUAUUAUCUUUCGGAUAGUGCAUUGUGUGUGAAUUGUGCGUGUACACAAAGAUAAUAAUCGCUGACCGCGGAUAAUUAUUUGCUCCAUCGUGCUUCCGCGGCCGCCGGUGGCAUCGCUAAGAAGUGGCACCAGAGGGAGUGUUUCAAGCCCGAGGAAAAACUGGCAGACGCUUUUGUUCCUGUGAGCAAUUUACCCCGACAUCGAAAUUGCCACGUCUACUUCGUACUAUACACACACACCCUGCGAAGUCAUAACGUGAGCACCAUGCGUGGAUACUUCUACCAACUACCGAUUUUUCUAGUUCUAAUAGGUUUAUCGGCUUCAGUGCGCGCCGAGGAUACAUUUCAAGUGGAUGAAGACGAAAACGAAGAUAUCCAUCAUGAACCCAAUCGAUCGACAACGACGACACAAGACUUCGAACGGUGGACUUCAUCCGAUCGGGAAGAGCAUAUCCAGAGCACACCCCACUCGAAAAUGGAAUUUAAACUUCACAUCAAGAAACAACUUCAAAAUUAUACUAAAUCUAGCGGCGAGACGCUACGGCUUCGUUGUGAUUUUGGAGGAGUACCGAACAAUGCUAAGGUAAAGAUAACGUGGUUGAGGAACGAGGCUUCACUUGAGGAUUACGAAGACGAACGGAUUAUAAUUAAGAAUAUGGGGCAACAUGCGACACGAUUAAGGAUUUCCGAUCUCGCCUUUCUCGACAGUGGAUUUUACUCUUGCCGAGCAGAAAGCCUGGAGGGUUAUGGUACAGCUGAAUCGAGCAGUAUGGUGCAAAUUCGCCCAUCUCCAGACUACGAAGGGCGAAAGCAGCAAUUUUCCCCAGAAUUUCCAUAUCUGCCUCCAGGGGUUGGCAGCGGCAGUCCCCACGCCUUUCCAAAACAUCCUGGCCUCUCUCCAUUUCCACAAGGGUUCCCCAACAAAGGCUUCGAAGGAGAAGAGUUCCACCCUGAUGACCCAAACACGUUUAUGAGCGGUGGCAAAUGCGAAACAUAUCGAGGGACAGCUUGUGCGCAUUACCUUAUAAAUCAGACUGUGUAUGUUCGGCCUGGUUUAAGUAUGGCCUCUCUUGAAGAAAAACUCGCUGGGGUACUGACGGUCGUUCGAACUUCACGCGAUGUCACCCCCGAAUGCCUCAAAUUCGCUUUCCCCUCGCUCUGCAUGUUCGCUUUUCCGCCGUGCGAUAAGACAGUGCAUGAACACAAGCCUCGUAUGGUUUGCCGAGACGAAUGCGAAUUGCUGGAGGAUAAUAUAUGUCGUAUGGAGUAUUCGAUUGCCAAACGCCACCCAGUGAUCGGAAGAGCGAAUAUUUUACCUGAUUGUAAGAAGCUGCCUGAACGAAAUAGCCCUGAUGGAUUGAACUGCCUCGGCCUAGGAAUUCCGCUGCCGACGAUUAUUCAGUUGGAUGAAGAUCAACACUGCUAUGAGGGUAAUGGUGAGUCCUAUCGAGGCUCGGUCUCAAUGAGCAUUUCCGGGCAUCCCUGCCAACCCUGGCAUCACCAAAUCCUCUAUUCACGGGUGACCGCCCAUGAAGGCAUUCUCGGAGGACAUUCAUACUGCAGGAACCCUGAUGGGUCCAGAGUUGGACCAUGGUGCUUCACUGAAGUCGGUGGCAAAGAGGCUUGUAACAUCCCGAAAUGUGCGGAUUACAUGUGGCUCUACGUGGUUGUGCCGAGCGUGGCAGCUGUAGCUCUGAUAUCGCUUCUUGUCUCGGUAUUCUGCAUCAAGCGGCGCACGUCAUCCAAACCUCCUCCGUCCUCACUAGUUAAUAACUCGCUUCAGGCGCUUAAGGUAGCCAAGAAUGGAUCAGCGGCUCAGAGCAGAAUCAACACGAUGGAGCUGAACAAACUUUUGCCUAGAACUCAGGUGCGAGCACCCGAGUUUCCCCUGUCAUCGAUCAAGUUUAUCGAGGAAUUAGGCGAAGGAGCGUUCGGCAAGGUCUACCGUGGUUCAAUCAUAGGCUAUGAUUGGUUAGCAACGCAGCAGCCGACGGUGUUCAAUAAUCGCUUCCUGAAUGGCACGCCAAAUGGUGAACUGCCAGUAGCUGUCAAGACACUCAAAGAGAACGCAUCACAAAAGGUUCAAGAUGACUUCCAUCGUGAAGCCGGCCUUAUGGCUGAUCUUCAUCACCCGAACAUUGUCUGCCUGGUCGGCGUUGUGACCAGACAAGAGCCUAUGUGUCUGCUUUUUGAGUACAUGGAACAUGGCGACCUGCACGAGUACCUCAUUGCACAUUCUCCAACCCGAGCGGACUCGAUCAAUCAGACGUUGGAAUUCGCCGAUUUUCUCCAUAUCUGCCGUCAGAUCGCCGCUGGAAUGGAGUUUCUAGCAGCGCAUCACUAUGUGCAUCGCGAUUUGGCUGCACGUAACGUCCUUGUCGGUGAGAAUACGACUGUGAAGAUUUCGGACUUUGGACUAUCUCGCGACAUUUACUCGUCGGACUAUUAUCGAGUACAGGCGAAGAGCCUCCUGCCGGUUCGAUGGAUGCCGCCGGAGGCUAUCCUGUACGGCAAGUUUACAGCCGAAAGCGAUGUAUGGUCGUUUGGUGUCGUUAUGUGGGAGGUAUUCUCAUACGGCUGCCAACCGUAUUAUGGUUACAGCAAUCAAGAAGUUACCGAAAUGAUUCGGGCACGACAGCUACUGGCGUGUCCUGAGGAGUGCCCAUCCCACGUCUAUUCAAUGAUGGUGGAGUGUUGGCACGAGGUGUCCGCACGUCGGCCAUCAUUCUCUGAGCUUCAUAAUCGCCUCUGCACGUGGCAAACGAUGCAUUGUCGAAGCGUCAGCCAGGGUAGUAGGAGUCAGUCAUCUACCACCAACUCGACUAUGCUCAGCCAGCAGCGGAGAGCAAUGGACACAUCCAUGGACCGCUGUUCCACCCCAAACAGCCACGUCUACCAGCAUUUAAUACACGACCCUAAGGCCUAACAAUGGAAACCUUAAAUGUGGAUAAGUAGGAUGACACAAAGACACGCCACAAGUGUGAACCUAAGAGCAGGCGGACUACGCCCCAGUCUUGUAGAGAUACAGUGUGUCUAAAGACGAAAUGUCCACAAAUAUGACAUGAGUUGUGCACCAUAUAUAUAUAUAUAUAUAUAUAUAUAUAUAUAUAUAUAUAUAUAUAUAAGUAGAAAAGGCAGAUUGAAGGAGAGUAUUUUAUUGUUGAGUGGGUGGUGGAACAAGCCUGACGCCUCCGUUCAACAACAGUAUCAGCUACAAUAAGUUUACAUAGGCGAGUCAAUACUGACCAAUACAGACAGCAUCGCACUCUGCAUUACGCGUACAACCUGUACUGUCCCCCGAUUCACAAAAAAAAAA